GGAAAAACGUGAUGUUAUGUUUAAUAUAGUGUAUCUUCAAUAUGGCGGACGAAAAUGAAGAAAAUAUCCAACAAUUACGAGAAAAACUCGAUCAUACGACUUCGAAGCUUAACCAAAUGAAACAAUUAUUAAGUGAGAAGGUGAGAUACACCUUUUCUAAUGUAAAAAGUAAUAUUUGGGUAGGAUAUUUUGGGUAUUAUAUAGGAUAGAAUAUCAUAGAGGAGUGACACAAAUAUGGCUGUAUGCAUUGAAAUGAAUAUAACUGGAACGCUACCUUCAGAGAAUCUUUUUCUUGAAGCUUAUAAACUCAUGCGUAUUUAUAUCAUGAUUGAGCAUUCUUUGCAUGUGUGAAAAGACUGGGACUGACCUUCAAGUUUGACUUCAAAUUCUCGGUUGGAGGUAGCGUUCCAGUUAUAUUAAUUUCAAUGGGCUGUAUGUAUAUUUUACAGUACCGCCUUCUGCAUGCAGUACAAUUAUUAUAGUGCUUAGUGAAGCCCAUUUAUUAACGUGACUCUGCUGUCCUUCCAUAGGGAAUAUGCUUGGACGAACUUGAUGAUGGAAUAAGCACUGACUCACAACCGAUUGCCACGCCGAAAGAGAAGAAAUUAAAACUAACCAAUUCGGACAUAAUGCGAUACAGUCGACAGCUCGUACUUCCAGAAAUAGGUGUGCAGGGACAGUUGAAGCUGAAUAACAUGUCAGUGCUGAUAGUUGGUGCUGGAGGUCUAGGGUGUCCUGUGGCAGUAUACUUGACGGCAGCUGGGAUUGGACACAUCGGAUUGGUGGAUUAUGAUGACGUUGAACUGAACAAUCUGCAUCGACAAGUCUUACAUUCGGAAAUGAAAGUUAACUGGAGCAAAGUUCAUUCUGCGAGAACAACAUUGUCUCAAUUAAAUACUUCUGUACAAAUUCUUGCGUACAAAUUACAUCUUAAUAGUAGUAACGCACUUGAAUUGAUUUCAAAAUAUGACAUUGUAGUUGACGCAACCGAUAAUGUGCCAACGAGGUAUUUGUUAAACGAUGCAUGUGUCUUAACGAAGAAACCGUUGGUCUCUGGGAGCGCUCUACGUUUUGACGGACAGCUGACUGUAUAUAAUUAUGAAAAUGGACCAUGUUAUAGAUGUCUGUACCCCAGUCCCCCUCCUCCUGAGACAGUUGGAAAUUGUUCUGAAAAUGGGGUGCUUGGUGUUGGUAUGUGUUAAUAUGCACUGAAUUCCAAAAGUAACAAACUGAAAAUGAGGGUAGUUGUCCCACCCAAGAAACAGUCAAUAGUCCCCCCACCCCCAAAAACACAAGCAAAGCCCCCCAAAUGUAGCAUUACAGAAUUAUGCUCAGAAAAAGUUCUGUGGAAGUAAAACAAUGGUGAAAUAUUCAUUUUGCCUUUCAGGUGAUUGGCAGUCAUGCUUUUUCCUAGUUGAAAACCCUGCUUUUCUGCCUAUCAUGAACAAUUGCCAGAUUGUUGAUCGAUGAUUGACUGUUAUUUCAAGCCCUGGCCUUUUUGAUGUUCCUUCCUGUUUUUCAACCACCUCACUACCCGAAAGUAGUACACCCCCAAACCCAGUAGUCCUACGAAAGUUAGGUAACAGAGGGCUGCUACUUUAGGAAUUUCUAAGUUUCAAUAUAUUUUUCUAUUAGUUCCAGGUAUAAUUGGUAACUUACAAGCGUUGGAAGUUAUAAAGAUUGCAGUUGGUCUUCGUGGUAUCCUUCAGCUACUGUACAUUUAUCUGAAAUGCCUUGUUCUGAAUAUUUGAAAUCCAUCUGAGAUGAAUUCAUCUUAUAUGAAUGUCUACAAUGAUCUCUCUCUCUGCCUUAUGACAGGGUUGAGUUCCACCGUCUACCACAAACGCACAACUCAUGCACACUCAGAGUAACAUCACAAACAUCUUCUAAUAUUCUCUUCAACAGCUCCCCCAUUUUCGUGCAACUAUUUUUCACCAAGGUUUUAAAUCCUGAAUUCUAUAUGUUAAUAUUUCUCACCCCAUAUCCCGUGACUUCUUAAAAUUGUAAAUCCCACGUUCUUUCUUUCUUGCGUCCAUUCUUUCUAAACCUGAAGCAACAUAACUCCUUAACAAUGUACUAAAGUGUCGUUUAAUCAAAAACUGCUGCUUUUCGAUGCGUUGGACAGUAAAUUUACAACCAUCAAACUCCGAGGAAAGCAGAAACACUGCGCAGUUUGUGGGGAUGAACCAACGAUAAACAAGUUGCAAGACUACGAGCAAUUUUGUGGCGCAGCAGCAUCUGAUAAAGUAAUAUAACGUCAUUUUUCAGUGGUAGUCGAUGGGUUUUAGUAGCCGUUACGAUGCCUCACGUCGUGAUCAAAUUCAGAAAUUCUGUCAAUCCUUAUUUGCCACCAAAUACUACAAGACAUUUACUACCACAGUCCACAUAUAAUGAAAACAAUUAACAUAAUUUUCUCACUUUGAUAACUGUGUGUUCACCAUCAUCUGUUGUGCGAUAUACGAGCACCAAUUACGUACUAACAUGCCAGGGUCGGUUGUACGAAGGCCUGAUAGCGUUAUCCACCCGAUAGUGAUUUUUCAACCGUUGCAAAAAUGCCCGCUCAUAUCACCAAAUCUACCUCUAUUUCUUCCUUCCACAACAAUCUGUAUAAUCUCACUACCUUUCCAAACUUGAAUCUACCUUUGACGUCAAUCGAAUGCGCACUUGGAAGACUUAUUAUUCCAAGUGUUGUGCCUUCGUACAACCGCAGCCCCAGGGGUAAAGGGCUCAAGGCCGUACGCAGGAUUUUUUCACCAGGGGGACAGUAAGACCUAUAUCCCAAAUAUCCAAAGAAUAAUUAAUAAUUACAUUCUAAAAAUCGUAAAUAUAGUUUUCUAUGGGGGGCAGUUGCCCCUCCCCCUGCUGUUUACGGCCCUGAAUUAAGGGCUUCACGAUCCAAUGUUUAAUAUAGCGAAUGCAAGUUAAGUUUGUUCUUACUUUUUAGACUCAACAUAUCGAUGUCUUGAAUAGUACAGACAGGAUUUCAGCGCAGGUAUUCGAAAUGAUGGUAUCAAUUCUUGCUGUUUUUUAGCGCUGAUAUGGUUGGUGCCUGGACACCUGGGAAAGAUGACAAACACUUCAUGGAGGACGUUUCGUCAGAUUUUUAUUUUUAAAAAGUGGCUUCACUGGACCCCUUGACCCCAUCUUUGAUAUAUUUUAACGAAAUAGACUAAGACUUGGUUUUUUAGGCUUACAAGAAAUUGGUUGAUGACAAAGUACCUCAUAUUUUGCUUGAUGUUCGACCGAGUGUUGAGUUAGAGAUAUGUAAACUCUCGACUUCUGACAGCUUUCUGAGUAUCCUUAUUCCUUUGUAGCUAUGUCAUAGAGGUGCUUUUCACAAAGCACUAUCGUGCUGCACUUUGGUGGUCAACUAGUACUAACUGGUAGUUAUCGAAGCGAGAAAAUAAUGUUAGUUCUUUUCAUCAUAUGUAGUAGUCUCUAUUUGCAGGAAAAUAAAUGCAAUUGGCUUUCUCCUAUAUUAAUAUGUGUCCCAUGUUUGUUAAAACCCACCGAUGUCUUAUAAAUUACGCGAACUGCUUGAAAUCUUUUGUUACAGUAUUCAAUAUCGUUUAAAUUUCUUAACAAAUUGUCAAACAGAUAUUCCCAUCAGGGACUUAGAAAACAACAAGCACACUGCAAAAAUUAAAGAAGAUAUCAGCACAAUCUUAACGAAAUUCAGUAACAAACAUGAAACGGUACCAGGUAUGAAAAUAAUUUUUGUAGGAGGGGGACAUUGGGAUUUACGGUAUGGCGGUAGCUUAUUUUUCUUACGGUAUUUCGGUAUUUUCCUUGAAAAAUUGCGGUACUACGAUAUUGGAAAUCUUGCGGUACACGGUAUUUACAAUUUGGACUCAAAAACUGCGGAAAUUGACAAAAUUUGCUUCCGGUAUUACGGUAUUGAAUACCUCCCAAUGCCCCCCUCUUGUAGACACGAUACUUUAUUUUAUCACUUUUUUUCACUACCCGUGAAAUGCUAGUGUCAUGGCUCAAGUGUCCUAUCAUGAUUCAUUGAGCGGAACUAGUUCCAAUAUCUUUGGGAAUCCGACUGUUCUCCAUGCCACCUAGCUGACCGACUGUUUUAACUCCCGCUGCAAAUGCUUAUUUCACUCAGAGUAAAUUAAAUGUUAUUCUUUUCCCGUAGUUAUUGCAGUGUGCCACCUGGGGAACGACUCGCAAAGAGCAGUUGUACUUUUAAACAAAAUCUUGCAAGAUUCCGAUGUUACAGUACAAGACAUCACCGGAGGAUUGGACGAAUGGAGCAAAAACGUAGAUCCUGGUUUUCCACGAUAUUGAAACAAUAAUACAAUACCUUAAAUAUUUAUUUACUAUUGAAUAAUAGCAUGUGCUUUGUAAUAUUUACAGUAGAGAAUAAAUUCCUCUCUUGAAAUGUUUGUGUCUUAAAAAAUUCAUCGGCUU